AUGGCGACCACAGUAGAUAAGAUUAAAGAGAUUGAGUCCGAGAUGGCCCGGACUCAACGGAACAAGGCCACCUCGUUCCACUUGGGUCAACUCAAAGCCAAACUCGCAAAGCUGAAGCGUGAGCUGCUCACUCCGUCAGGAGGAGGCGGUGGUGGCGGCGGUGCUGGUUUCGACGUCGCCAGAACAGGUGUUGCUAGUGUUGGUUUCAUAGGUUUCCCAUCAGUCGGGAAAAGUACUCUGAUGAGUAGAUUGACUGGACAACACUCUGAAGCCGCUGCUUAUGAGUUCACAACGCUUACGACGGUACCGGGUCAAGUCAUUUACAAUGGCGCCAAAAUCCAAAUUCUCGAUCUUCCCGGCAUUAUCCAAGGUGCAAAGGACGGCAAAGGUCGUGGACGUCAAGUCAUCGCUGUUGCCAAAACUUGUCACCUGAUAUUCAUUGUUCUGGACGUGAACAAGCCUUUGACGGACAAGAGGGUUAUCGAGAACGAAUUGGAAGGUUUCGGUAUUCGAGUCAAUAAGGAACCACCAAAUAUCAAGGUUACCAAGAAGGACAAGGGUGGAAUCAGUAUCACCAACACUGUGCCCCUAACUCACAUUUCGCCUGAUGAAAUCAAAGCCGUCAUGUCAGAAUAUAAAAUCUCCUCGGCUGACGUUGCCAUUCGAUGCGAUGCUACUAUUGAUGACGUUAUUGACGUUUUAGAAGCAAAGAGCCGUAGCUACAUUCCCGUCAUCUACGCGCUCAACAAGAUCGACGCAAUCUCAAUCGAAGAACUGGAUUUGCUUUACCGAAUUCCCAACGCUUGCCCCAUCAGUUCUGAACAUGGAUGGAACAUCGAUGAGCUUCUAGAGCAAAUGUGGGACAAGUUGAACCUGCGAAGAAUUUACACCAAACCGAAGGGCAAAGUCCCUGACUACACCGCGCCAGUUGUGCUUCGCAAGAAUGCUUGCACGGUUGAAGAUUUCUGUAACGCCAUCCACAAGUCCAUUGUCGAGCAAUUCAAGAUUGCCAUUGUGUAUGGACGCUCUGUAAAGCACCAGCCACAGCGUGUUGGUUUGACCCACGAAUUGGCAGAUGAAGAUAUCAUCACUAUCAUUAAACGAUAA